AUGUUUCCUGACUUAAAAUCACAAAACUCUUAUGUCCCUGCUCCGGCCAGAGACUGUGACAACACGGUCCACAGCGGUCUGGUCAGCUCCCGCUACUUUCUGCAGCUGCAGGACAAACUGGAGAAGCUUCUCCAUGAGACCCGCAAAGCCUGGAGUCCUCCUCUGAGGAAACCAGGGAUCAAUGACUUCAGCACAGUGAAGCCUGUGAGCAGUGGCGCCUUCGGGACUGUGAACCUCGUGCGUCACACGGAGACUGGUCGAGCUUUUGUCAUGAAGCUCAUCAAACGGCAGGUGUUGGUGGAACAGGACAUCCUCACCUUCACAGACAUCCACUUUGUUGUCUCCAUGUUCUGCUCCUUUGAGACCCAGAGGGAGCUGUGCAUGGUGAUGGAGUAUGUGGGAGGCUGCCUCUCUGUGCCACUCUUUAACCAGAAGAAAAGAAACAGAGUUCCUCUGACAUCUGCUCCUUCUGUGAAUGAAUUCUUUUCCCACAGUGAAUACGAGGCAAACACCAGUGCAGCUCCAUCUCACAGCACACCAGGUACCUAUGGAGGUUACCAGGCCUCAGGUCCUUCUUCUGGUCCCUCACAAAGCCACCAGUGUUACAGACAGGGUGUCUCACAGUCCACUCAGCCCCAGCAGUAUGAAAGCAACAGACCUGCUCCUGGACCUGCCCCUACAAUGAGAGCCUUUGCACCUGUGCCACAUCCAUACAAAGUUGGAAGCUCAAGUUCUAAGACGAGACAGCCCAGCUACCCAACCAGACAACAGGAUUCCAGACAGAACAAAUAUCAAACUCCCUCCAGCAGUGAGAGUGCACAAACCAAGCCAACAUCCCAUAUUGGGUGGUCUCAGAGGGGUCAGCAGUUAUCUUACAGACCGCCCGAUCCCACACAUCAGUAUCCUCAGCAGUCUAGACCUCUGCCUCCUCCUGUUCCACCCACCAGCACGCCCACUGCUCGUGCAGUGCAACCACAAAACAACUCCUGGAAAUUCACCAACAGCUUUGGGCCACUGAGUUCCUGCUUUGAGGGGAAAAUGAGCUCAAAUCAACCUCAGACAACACGACCAACUAAAACCCAGCAGGAAACAUUUCCAAAGAAGCCAGCCCCUGAGAACUCACUGAGGAUCCUGACUGCAGUUAUUGAUGGCAUGAGACACUGGAGCCAGUUCAAAGACAAAGUCUCGUACUUAUUUGAGAUCUUUGCUACUCUGGACUCUGCGGUUACCCUGGGUCGCCACGGAGCUAAGACCUUCCUCAUAAGAGACGUGAAGGAGGCUGUGCAGUGUGUCUUCUAUGAAAAUGAGCAAGAACUGCCCCGUCUCAUCCGUGGUCAAGUUCAUCGCUGUGUGGGUAACUAUGACUGCAGCAGAGAUGUCCUCAUGUGUGUGUCCAUCAGGCCCUGCCUGCCCUCAGAGCUGAGGAAUGCCCAGGAGUCUAUCAAAGCAUGUGAUGCUGAGAUGAGGGCGCUGGUGAAAUCCCUCAGUGAAGUCUGA